CCCGCGUCAGUCGCCGGCGGCGGUCCGGCGCCCGGCACUCCUCAUCUCUCAGACCCUACGGCAACGUGCAGCAUGUGCAAUACGGAGCAAGUACAAACCUUCAGUGUGGCAGGCGACGACGGUGGCGAACUGAACGAGAAGCUGGUCAUCGAACUCUAGUCAAGACGAGAACGAGUCUAGUCAAGAACAAGAUUCAAUAUCUAGUCAACAAGAAAUCCGCGAAAAGGUAAAAACUUGUAUAAAAACAGCAAAACAACAAAGCUAAAAAUAUUAGUUGAACUCACACAAUCCAUUCAAGAUGUGUGUCAUGUAAAUAUUGUGAAUAGCUGCAUAGAUGCGUUCAAUCUAGUCAUCGCCUGACGCAGUGAAAUCAAACUGCUGUUGUCACGAAACAGUUGAUCUCGUGAGACAUCUAGUCAAGACGUACUCUAGUCAAGAAACGUCGAUUGCACGUUAUCUAGUCAAGACUCCUUUCUAGUCAGAGAAGAAAGAGUUCUAGUCAACGAAGAUCUCUAGUCGAAGAAGGUUCCUAGUCAAGGCAGAUAUCUAGUCAGAGAGGAGCUCUAGUCAAUGAGUUCAUCUAGUCAAGAAAAUAUCUAGUCAAUAAAGAUCUCUAGUCAAAGCAGAUCUCAAGAGUACUGUCUAGUCAAGGAACAUCUAGCCAAGGAGCAUCUAGUCAAGAGAGAGAUACACGCCUGGCUCGUGGACACACCGGGUCAUCAGGCUCAGUUGGGUCAGGCGGUCACGUGUCGGCUCACAGACACCACCUCGCUGCGAGACUGGCUGGACAACAUGUCACGUGACCUGUUCACCCGACGUGACCCGACACCGUACAGCGACGGGGAGCGGAGCGACCUCAGCUCGGAGCCAGAGCUUGACCGGCCGCCGCUACCCUACCUGCCGUACCCUGCAGCGUACCCCACAGCGUACCACGCCGCGUACCAUGCGGCGUACUCGGCAGCGUACCAGGCGACGUACCCGGAGCCGUUCGGCGUGGCGGAGUACCCGGCUGAACAAGAGGAGCCGCUGAACCUGACCCUGCCGCGGCCCGAGUCGCCGCCGCCGGCGCCCGUCCGCUACAGCUACCUGGUCCGCCGCAGGGAUGAGCACGGCGCAGAGCACGUCACCUACCUGUCGCCGCAGCGGCCGCGCACGCCGCCCGCGCCACCGGCGGCCGUGGCGCGCGCGCACUCACUCUCCAAGUCAUGCCCGCCGGCCGGCGCCAGCACACCGGAGCGGGCGAGCGGCGCCGAGGGGGCCGGCGCAGCGCGGCGGCGCAAACACCGCGCCACGCGCCGGCUCACCUUCGAUGAGGAGAAGAGCUCGCCCAUCUCUGGCACGCUGAUCCGCGACCUAGCUGAGGGCGAGACGGUGAGCGGCGACAUCGACCCGGCGCUCAACACCGUCGAGGUCACCGAGCAAGCGAGAUCAGAGCUGGCCAAAAUCCCCAACCGGAUCGGCGAGUACGCCUGCACGCUGUGCCGCACCGUGUACGAGGACGCGUUCACGCUGGCGCAGCACCGGUGCCCGCGCAUCGUACACGUUGAGUACCGGUGUCCCGAGUGUGACAAGGUGUUCAACUGUCCGGCCAACCUGGCCUCGCACCGGCGCUGGCACCGGCCCCGGGCCGAGAGGACGGCCGAGCGGGCGGCGGCCGCCGCUCAGGAGGUCACCGAUGACUCCCAGCUUCGCUGCUACCUCUGCGGCAAGGCCUUCAAGCGCGCCGCCGCCCUCAAGAAGCACAUCGAGUCGCACGCGACGGAGCGGCUCGGCGCGGCGCUGCCUGGUGGACGUCUCGACUACCUGAGCCUGUAUGCUGACCAAAAGAUGUCGCUAGCGCUGCCUGGCGCUGGCCUUCUGACGGUGGCACCAGAGGAGUUCCGGGAUCGGUCACCAGUCCGCUAGAACCAGGUAGCUGCCGAUCCAGUCACCGUGUUGUUAGAUGUUUGACCUUCACAGGAGCUUACACGGGGUGGGGUAGAAGUGUCGCUCUCAUCUAAACGUUAUGUGCUUAUUUGCGGCUAGUAUACCAAAUAUACGUAACGAUAAGUUUCACUAAGUUGAGCUAGACCGGCUGUGUCUCCUGUGCAAUCUGAGAGAGCUACAUCAUGACCUAAGGGACGAUGGCGUAAAUAAGUGAUUUGACGCGAAUCACAUGCAGUUUCGAGUACGAUUUACCCAACAAUUACCACUUGUUUUUCAUAUAAUUGCGUUGUCUUUCGUAUGCUAGUCAUGCAUUUGUGCAGGUGUCAUAUUUUGAAUUACGUUUAGUGUAAUCAUAGGUGUGUUAUGUGUAGGCAUUGAACCACUAUUACAUACAUCGAGAAACAUUCUAAAUCACACUCAAAAGAUUACCAAAUUGCCGACCGAUCAUUUCGCGGAUGUCCAAACAUUUAUAUAUUUAUAUCUGGCUCUCUGCAUCAAAUUAUUCCAAUUAACGUUACCUGACUUGUUAAUAUUGAUGUGUACAUUUAAUGUGUAAAUAGUGCUUGUUCAGGGCACAUCUGUUGAUGUUAUGUAACCACCAGAGACCUGAAAACGGUCAGGUGAAAGACGAGUCCAAUCUAGUCAUUCGUAGUCGCGGACAAAGGACUGAAGACUCGCGAUGGGCCGACCACAUUCUGCCAUGAAUGCUGUCAAACCAAAGCCGCGGCUAAACUCAUCCUGGCCAGCGCUUGGAUUCAUCCGGUUUGGAUGUGUGGCGCCCAUUGCGGGUUCGUCCCGAUCUCAGUCUGCCUAGAUGUUUGCUGUGUGUCGAUCGCGUUUCAGUGUGGGCUAGUCAACGCUCUAGUCGUCCUGGAUGAGUCAUCUAGUCAUGGAACGAAUCUGUCAGUCAAAGUCUAGUCAUUGUACCACUCGGAGCCGUUAGGAAACCUAACUUAGCUCACUAUCAGGAAUUGCGUGUUAUAAAUGGACAAUCCUCGUAGCGAGUUGUGCGACCAAUUUGCGUCAACUGUAAACGGUCCGAUCUCGAGUAGUUUGCCAGCUGUCUUUCAGAUCUCAGAGCUUCAAAUAUUGCACAUCGUCUCACAUUGCCGAAGGGUCUGAGAAACCGAGGGAAGAUAACGGAGAUGACGCUCGGAGGGGCCAGAUUUGCCAGAAAAAAAUAACGACAGCAGCAUUGGCAGCCUUCGCUGUCCAAACGGACGCUAGUCACGCCAGCUUCAUGUUUGGUGUAUGUACAUAGGUAUUGUGUGGGUAGCGGUUGUGUUUAGCUGAUGUUACUGUGCUCUUUCUAGCGAGUUGUAAGUGUAGAGCAGGUCUGUCGUGUGCCGCUUUUGUACAUUGUUCCCAUCUCUUCCAUGCGUGUUUUGUAUGUUACAAUAAACGUAGCCAACUCGUGA